CUUUUGAUGCGUUCACCGAUAUAUUCCCACUGCGACUUGUCGGUUUCAAAUCAGUGACUCUCUCCUAACAAAUUCUACCUAUUCAGUGACGUACACGGCACCCCCUGGCUGCUACCAUCUGCUUCCUUUUUUGUUGGUUGAAGUUCCACUAUGCAGAAGGCAGACAUGGAAAACAUGAAAGUGAAUCCUAUUAGCUCAGUCGGCACCACCUGCCAUGUGGUGGCGAUGCCUUAUCCUGGUAGAGGUCAUAUAAAUCCCAUGAUCAAUCUCUGCAAGCUUAUGUCGUUUAAGUAUCCUCAUAUUGUCGUAUCGUUGGUGGUCACCGAAGAGUGGCAGAGCUUCCUUUGCUCCUAUAUCUUUCCAAGUAACGUUCGCUUGAAUACGAUCCCUAAUGUCAUACCCUCGGAGCUUGUUCGUGCUAAGGAUUUUCCAGCUUUCUUGGAAGCAGUUGCAACAAAGAUGGAAGCUCCUUUUGAGCAAUUUCUCGAUCGGCUUGAUUUGCCCGUGAAUGCUAUUAUAGCCGAUACUUACUUGGAUUGGGUGAUCGCAGUUGGAAAUCGGAGGAAUAUUCCGGUUGCUUCUCUUUGGACAAUGUCAGCUACUGUAUUAUCUAUCUUCCAUCAUUUUGAUCUCCUCGUCCGAAAUGGGCAUUUUCCGAUCAUGUUAUCAGAAAGAGGAGAAGAGCGUGUGGAUUACAUACCUGGAGUUCCUCCAACACGUCUGCUAGAUUUUCCCACAAUAUUUAAUGGAACAGUUGGACAAAUUCUUUCCCUAGCGCUGAAGUCAACUUCAAUGGUGUCUAAAGCACAAUACCUUCUAUUCACUUCUGCUUACGAGCUCGAACCAGCUGUUAUUGAUGCUUUAAAAUUGAAGUUUUGCUUUCCACUCUAUCCUUUAGGCCCUAUGGUACCUUAUUUUGAACUAAAACCCAAUUCUAAUUUAUCUACUAGUGAUGAUCAAAAAGUCCCUGAAUACUUACAGUGGCUAAAUUCUCAACCCAAAAAUUCUGUGUUAUAUGUCUCAAUGGGAAGCUUCCUUUCAGUUUCAAGUGCCCAAAUGAAUGAAAUUGUAGCUGGGGUGAGAAACAGUGGGGUUAGGUUCUUGUGGGUAUCUCGUGGUGAAAGGGGUCUGUUUGAAGAUGGUUGUGGUGAUUUGGGAUUAGUGGUUCCAUGGUGUGAUCAAUUGAGAGUUUUGUGUCAUCCUUCUGUUGGUGGUUUUUGGACACAUUGUGGUUGGAAUUCUACUUUAGAAGCUGCUUUUGCUGGAGUUCCAAUGCUUGCUUCUCCAAUAUUUUGGGAUCAAACUUCCAAUAGUAAAAAAAUUGUGGAAGAUUGGAAGAUUGGGUGGAGAGUGAAACAAGGGGUUGUAGGUGAAAACUUGGUAACAAGAGAAGAAAUUGCAAAACUUGUGCAGAGUUUUAUGGAUGAAGAAAAUAGUGAAGUAAUUGAAAUGAGGGAAAAAACAAAAGAAGUUCAAGAGGCUUGUCAAGCAGCAAUUUCUCAACAUGGAUCUUCUGAUUCUAAUCUUGAUUUUUUCUUAAGGGAUAUUUCACAAGUCAAGGCCAAGUGAGUACAUUCAUCUGUCCAAUACUCUUCCAUGCACUAUUUAUUGGAAAAUUAUUAAAUGCACUCGAAAUAUAUUGAUAGAGUAUUAAAUUUUAGUUUCCUGCACUCACAUAAAUGUUGAUCUUUUCAUACGUUAUAGAGUUUAUAUUUAUGUAAGCAAGAGAGCACAUGCUCCCAGUACAUUAUAAAAUUUGUUGGAUGAUUUGUUUGUAAUCAUGAGUUUCCUUCUUUCUACUAA